UGUUGCGCGUACGGCCAGUCGACGCCGCCUCCGACAGUCCGACGUCAGUGUGCCGCCGCCGCAGUAGUAAAUCGUUGUCCUUCCCCCCGCGGAACCGCACACUUUGCUUUCGCGAUACGUUAUUUUGUUCCGGCCGUUUUGUCCGCGCCACUACACCGGCUCCGAACGCGGAUGAUAAUAUGUCCUCCUGAGACCGAACCGACGGCAUACGACGUACCUAUCUAACACGGCGAUAUUCACCAGCGUCGCGCAAUACAUUUCGCGGACAAGCGGCGGUGUGAAGCACAGUCGUCGAUCGAUCCGGAUCUCACCACCUCCCCCCCUCCGACAAGGGGAAGCGCUGUUCCUGCACGUCGUACCAAACGGUUAAGUAAUUUUUAACACUAAAAAUAUGGCUGACGUAGAAGCUGAACCACCACAAAGCAAUGGUUAUGCAAAUGCCAAUGAAGAUGAUGAUGAACGUGGAAAAAUGAGACCAGCAGAUAUUGAUGCUGAUGUAAGAGAAAUGGAACGGCGAAAAAGAGUAGAAAUGAUUAUGAAUUCUCGUUUGUUCCGCGAAGAACUAGAAAGAAUAAUUGAAGUUCAAAUGAAAGAUGGUGGUUCUGUUCCUGCUGGACUUUUACAACAAAUUUCAGAAAUGAUGGGAGGGCGUCAAUCAGGAGGUUCUAAAUCUUCAAAUUGCGUGGUUCCAAUUAAUGAUAUUCGUGGAGUAGAAAGCAUGGGAUAUGCCAAAGGUGAAAAAAUUAUCAGAUGUAAAUUAGCAGCAGUAUUCAGAUUAAUGGAUUUAUAUGGCUGGACCCAAGGAAUCUAUAACCAAGUUUCUGCUCGAUUAAAUCAAGAAGAAGAACAUUUUUUAGUUAGCCCGUAUGGUUUAUUAUGUAAUGAAGUGACAGCUUCUAGUUUAAUUAAAGUGGACAUGCAAGGAAAUGUUAUGGAACCUGGGACUACUAAUUAUGGAGUAAACAUAACAGCAUUUCAACUUCAUGCUGCUAUUUAUGCAGCAAGGCCUGAUUUGAAAGCUAUCAUCGAUGUACAAGUAGGACCUGUUUUGGCUGUAUCAUCAUUACGUUGUGGCUUAUUGCACAUCAGUAAAGAAAGUGCAUUGAUUGGAGAAGUCUCACAUUAUGCAUACCCAGGAUCAACUGCAGAUCCAGAUGAAAAAGACAAAAUUGCAAGAAGCUUAGGACCUAUUAACAAGGUUAUAUUUUUUACUAACCAUGGUGCAGUUUGUUGUGGUGAAUCAAUAGAAGAAGCAUUUUACAAUGCGUAUAAUAUUGUUACAGCUUGUGAAACACAGCUUAAAGUAUUACCUGUGGGAUUAGAUAACAUUAUGACAAUGACUGACGAACAGUGCAAAUUCAUUUACGAUGCAGCCAGGACUCCACCAGAAGGUACAUUACCUUCUCCAUUACCUGCAGGAGGAGCUGUUGCAGAUAAACGCUGGAGAGUUGGAGGUCUUCAAUUUGAAGCACUUAUGAGAAUGCUAGACAAUGCAGGAUUCCGCACUGGUUAUAUAUAUCGGCAACCACUUAUCAAAGGUGAACCUCCCCGUCCUCGUAAUGAUGUCGAGGUACCACCAGCAGUUUCUUCUCUUGGAUAUUUAUUAGAAGAAGAAGAGCUAUAUAAAAAUGGGCAAUGGAAAAAAUAUUAUGAUGGCCGCAAAUCAACUGAUAGAACCAAAUGGUUAAAUUCGCCAAAUGUGUACCAAAAAGUGGAAGUUCUUGAAACUGGAACAUCAGAUCCUAAAAAAAUCACUAAGUGGGUAUCUGAAGCAUCUCCAAAUUCAAGUACGCCUUUUAAAAUUGAAGGACCUCUACAAUUUGUUCCAAAAAAUACUAAUCCAAAAGAAUUCAAAAAACUACAGCAACAAAUUAAAGAAAACCGAAGAGCUGAUAAAAUUACUUCAGGGCCCCAGUCCCAAAUUUUAGAUGGUGUUUCUUGGGAGGAAGCAAAAAAAUUACAAGAUGCUAAUUUAAACACAAGCAGUGAUCAAGUUAUUUUGGUUGGGGCUGCAUCUAAAGGAAUAAUACAACGUAAUUUUCAACAUAAUGCAACUGUUUAUAAAACACCUUAUGCAAAGAAUCCAUUUGAUGCCGUCACCGAUGAAGAAAUAGAAUAUUAUAAAAAUGCAGUUGAAAGGAGUACAAUUGAUAAGGAUCAAAUAAUGGAUAUUAAAGAACAAAUGGAUAGUGUUCACUUAUCACCAGCAAGACAAACUGAAGCAUUUAUUAUUAGUGAAACUGAAGAUGAUAGUAGAGCAGAAGCCAGAGUGUUACAAGUAGAAAGAAAAUCGGUGCUAAAACCUGACCAAGCUGAAUUUGUUCUAAGUGAAGGAGAAAAUACAUACAAUGGAGACCAAUCAGAUGCUCAUCAAAGCACAUUUUCAAGUAGUAAAGAGGGGUCACCCACUAAAGAAAUGUCCACCGAGGAUUCUUCACACAAGGACAAGAAAAAGAAAAAAAAGGGAAUUAGAACACCAUCAUUCCUUAAAAAGAAGAAAGAAAAGAAGAAGAGUAUUCCAGCUUAAUAACUAUGUAGAAUACGCAGACAAACGCUUUGGCAAACACAGCUUUGGUCAACCAGCACUACAAAUAGUCUGUAGCUCAUUUAGUCAUUCAAUCAUCUUUUAAUCAUUUUGGACUUGACAGACUAAACCAUUACAAUUUUGACACCAGUGUCUAUUCAUUUUCGUUAAGUUAAUAGAUAUUUAUUUAAUCAAGUGCAUUAGAUUGAUGCAAUUAGUAACUAGUAAAUAAGAUUAAUCCUAUUUAUUUUUAAUGUCAUACAUAAGAUUUGGCCCUAUUCAACAAAUUAAUCUAUUAUUACGAUAAAUAUAUUUUUAUUUAUUUUUUUUUUCGCUUUUGAAAUUAUUGUUACCAAAUUUGAAACUUUUUUUACAUUUAUUUCUAUAUUUAUAAAAAAAAAUAUAGAUAAGCUUGAGAGUAAUAUGAUAAUAUUCUGGAAAUACAAUGUACCAAUAACACAAUUACAUGUAUUCAAUUUUAAUUUCAAGCCAUUUAUACACUACGUCCUGUAACUAAAAUUGUAUUUUUAACAUCUUAAACCGUGUAUUUUUUUUUCUUUAAGUGUAAUAGGUCUUCAGUAUUAAUGUAUGUCCAAUUUAUGAAUGACUGUGGGAACAGAUUACUGAGUUAUUAUUAGUUAAUAUGUUACAUAAAAUUGUAAUUCAAUUUUGAUCAGUUAAUUUUAAAAUUAAUAAUUAAAUUAUGGGUCUAACUAAGAUCAAUAGGUAUCAUAUUUGACAAAAAAAAAAAAAAAAAAAUCAGUUCUUUUUUUAAGUGAGUAUAUAUUUGAAUGCUACAUACAUAUUUCCUAAAAGCAUAUUAUAGUAAUUAUUGCAUCUUGUACUUUUUGUACAUUUCUAACCACGUUUUUAAAUAUUUAUCA